CUCCAACACACACAUACACACACACAUACACACAGACACACGCGCCACCUUUCCCUUAAACCGGGAAAUAAACACGGAGCAACGGCAGGAGCAGGACCGAACUCCCCCGGCGCGCACCAUCCAUGUUCCUCCCCUGGAUGUCUGUCUGACAGGAGGGUUGGUGUUACUUUGCUGAAGUGACAGAGGAAGGCCUCGAGUCAGAGGUGAAGAACGCAAACAAGGAGUCCUCCCGGACAGCAGGGGGAAGCAGCAGACAUGCAGGACUCAGCCUCUGACAGUAAAAUAGCGAAACAGGAGCAGAACAAGCACAUGGAUGGACACAGAGAAACCGAUGACAUGUCUGAAAAAACGUCUCCCAACAAGAACCUGAAAUCUCCCCAGAAAGGCUCCAAACGGCUUAAAACAGCCCCCUUUAAAGUGACCCUACUGGAUUCCUCCGAGUUCGAAGGAGAAACUGAGAAACACUCCAAAGGACAGACCCUGAUGGACAUGGUGUGUGAACACCUUAACUUGCUGGAGAAAGACUACUUUGGUCUGACCUUUGCCGACACAGACAGCCAGAAGAAUUGGUUGGACCCCUCCAAGGAGAUCAAGAAGCAGAUGCGCAACUCUCCAUGGCACUUUGCUUUCGCUGUCAAGUUCUACCCUCCUGACCCCUCCCAGCUCAUGGAAGAUAUUACCAGAUACUACCUGUGUCUGCAGCUGAGGGAUGACAUGCUGUCAGGUCGGCUGCCGUGCUCGUUCGUCACUCAUGCCCUCCUGGGCUCCUACACCGUUCAGGCCGAGCUGGGAGACUACGACCAGGAUGACCACGGCACCGACUACGUCAGCGAUUUCCGCUUUGCUUCCAAUCAGACGCGCGAGCUGGAGGAGAGGGUGAUGGAGCUCCAUCGAAACUACAAGGGGAUGACUCCAGCAGAGGCCGAAAUGAACUUCUUGGAGAACGCAAAGAAAUUGUCCAUGUAUGGAGUCGACCUCCAUCAUGCCAAGGAUUCUGAGGGGAUUGAAAUAAUGCUGGGUGUCUGUGCCAAUGGCCUGCUGAUUUACCGUGACAGGCUGAGGAUCAACCGCUUUGCCUGGCCAAAGAUCCUUAAGAUUUCAUACAAGAGGAGCAACUUCUACAUCAAGAUAAGACCUGGAGAAUAUGAACAGUUUGAAAGUACAAUUGGUUUUAAGCUUCCCAACCACAGAGCUGCCAAGAGGCUGUGGAAGGUCUGCAUCGAGCAUCACACCUUCUUCCGGCUGGUAUCUCCUGAGCCUCCUCCUAAGGGAUUCUUGGUGAUGGGUUCAAAGUUUCGAUACAGCGGAAGGACGCAGGCUCAAACCAGGCAGGCCAGUGCUCUCAUAGACAGGCCUGCUCCUCACUUCGAGCGGUCGACCAGUAAGAGGUAUCUGCUUUCCCGGAGCUUGGAUGGAGAGUUCUCACGGCCGGUAUCAGCCAUGUGCGAGAACCACGACGGCCUUUCCCACCGCAGCAUCAGUGAACACCGACGUCUGCACAGCCCCUCUGGGGACGAGCAGGAAACAGAGCUGGAGCCAAGUUUGGAACAGGACGAAGAGGAGAAGGAGCACGAGCAGGGCCGGGAGGCGGAGCAGGACAAGGACCAUGACGGCAACGUGACUCCAAGCAGAAAAAAAGAGAUCAUGCUCUCUCAGUUGGACCAGGAGACUACUCCUCGGCACAAACAGGAGUUUCUGGAUAAGUCGCAGGACGUCUUGCUGAAGCACCAGGCCAGCAUCAAUGAGCUAAAGAGAGCCUUGAGGGAGCCCAACAGCAAGCUGAUGAACCGCGAGAAGCGUCUGUCCGCGACCUCCCCAACCGGCACACCAGAGAAGAAGGCUUUGGUGGGCCGGGCAAUGGGAAAGGAACCUGUUAACAGCCUGUCUGUUGAGGGUUUCGUCCAGAAGACUCUGGUGACUUCACCCGAGGAGCCUGUUUCUACUCCUGCUAUAUAUGAAGAGCCAUUUGCUGACUUCAAGCCUCCCGUGGCAAAGAAAGACCCCAACGCGGUGAGCGUGGCCCACAAGCUGAAAAGAGCCGACAGCAAGACGGAGACGCACACAAAUGGCUCGGAAGCCCACGCCAACGUCGUUAAUGUCUCUCCAGAGAACUAUGGAGUCGUCAGCCCACAGGAGGCUCCUGCUGCCGUCAAAGAAAAUGGCUCUCCUGUAAAAGCCAGCACCCAGGGGAGAGAGUCCGUUGUGUCCCCGCUGACCAUCACUGCUGAGAGCGUCACCUCAGCAACCACGACGCAAGUUACCAAGACUGUGAAAGGAGGCUACUCAGAGACCAGGAUCGAGAAGAGGAUUAUAAUCACAGGAGAUGAUGAUGUGGACCAACAUCAGGCACUUGCCAUGGCAAUCCAAGAGGCAAAGCAGCAGCAUCCUGACAUGCUGGUGACAAAAGCAGUGGUUAUCAGGGAAACAGAGUCGCCCACUGAGGAGCUACAACAGAAAGCAGAGUCCUGAUUGAACAUGGUGGCUCCUGAGACGGGGGACAGGAGAGGAUCCUCCAGCUGUGUGUCUCCUGCCCCACCCUGCAGUAUGCCACCAACCCGAUAAGAGGACUUUCUACCCCACUGUGUACACACCAACACGACAACAGACUGCGUUCCACGAAGCAGUAGACCUCCACUCCUUUCCCUUUAGACGUACCAACUGUGACUCGGCCUCUGAUCCGACCCGGCCUCCCAUCCCGUCCCGGCCGAUCCCAGCCCUCCACCCUCCAGUGGAAAGACGAAAAAUCUUCGAUUGGAAGAUUUCACACAUUUCUUCCAUAUUAUUUAAUGUAACAUGUUUUGGCUCGUUUGAACCAGUGAGGUGUCACCUCUCACAGUUUGUGUUUAAGGGUCACACGUCUACCCCGUGCUGCUGUUAUUAUUAGAGAAAAGGAGGGGUGGGAGAAAGUAUGGGGACAAUGCUGGUAGUAUGGGUAGGGAUGGGAAGGUGCCAAAGUGGCAAGAGCCAGCCUUUUUUGCUUGUUGGCCAUCUCCUAGCCAUGCCACCUUCGGUAUAAUCAACUGCUGUCUUAUUAGCUUUUUACAUUUUUAUCUAUAGAGGAUCUAAUUUAUGUUCAGUGUUUGCUUGUUUAUGAAAUAUGUAUAAUAUCAGAAGAUUAUAAUCUGCAUGAUUCAAUUAAAAAUAGCAGAGGGAAUGAAAACAAAACAAAAAACCACACAUGAACAUGUCCGCCUUUGCAACCCUGGAGAAGUGGGAAUGAGGACCGUUGAGAAAGUGUAAAAUACACGAGGCCAAUGAAUGGUGGACGGACUGUACUGACUAUUCAGAGGACAGCUGGAACUGGUCCCAGUCAUCAACACACAAGCGUCACUGUCCUUGUCCAGCUUCACUGUUAUUGUUUUGCUGUCGGCUCACCACCAACACAAAGAGAUGCUGGUCACAGUUUUAGGGUUUUCAGAGGAAAUUUUAAAUAUAAAUAAUAUUCUAGUUGUGAUAUAUAUUUACUUCUUUUUUUCUUACUUGCUUUACUGACUUCAAUUGGGAGUUUGUUUGACACUCUUGUGUUUUUGGACAUUUCAGCCUUUAUGUGUGAACAUGCUGUAAAUUCUCCCUGACAGAGCUGUAAUCAGCUGGCUCAAAACUAAGAGCUUGUUUUCCAGAUUGUAAAGUUGGGCUGCAAAAUGUCAAUGUUGACAUCACAGCCACCAGCUGUGAUUUACUAAUGUUGGCCACGUUUAAAGACCAUAACAAGCCCAAACUACAAAACUAUGAAAUCAAUGUUAGCGGUAUCGUAAUAACCGUGUAUUAGCGGUAGCUGGGAUAUUUAAAAAAUAUUAAUAUAGCAUUAGCAAUGCGCAUAUUAUAGCAGCAUAAAUAUUCAUGUAAUUGCUCUUUUUUGUGUAUUUGUACAGUUAUAAUUAGACUUUCAUCAUCUCUCUACUUUGUACUUUGACUUUAUUUUUUGCAAAAAAAUCACUGCUCUGACUUAACAGCUAUGGUAAAAUGUAAACAAUAGCAUUAUUGCUAUCAUCUUUAAAUUGACAAAACUUUUUUCACUUAUUGAGAUAAUAUUGCUAUCAAGAUUUUUUUUUUUUACCACAAUAAUCAUGAUAUGGCGACAUGACGACAGUCUUAUCUGUCUAGUUUCGCGUUUAGACAUCUGUGAUAAUGAAAAUGUUAGCAUUUAAGCAUCCAGCCAGAUUAUUAAGAAUUAGCAUUCAUUUGUAGCUCUUUUUCUGCCAGGCUAUAAAUUCAAUUCCAAUACUUAAUCGCUGUCGGCACUCUUAUAGUGCUGGUUUGAUGUCUUUUCUUCUUUUUUUCUUCAGGGAUUUUGUUUUGUUGUAACAUUCUCCACUAUGCUAACUUUGCUAACCUCGACUGCAGGGUCAUGUUUAGACGGUAGCAGCGCCAGGGUUUAUAUUAAAAGCAGCGGAAACCAUGCUGAAACAGUGAGCUGAAAGGGGCUAACAUGCUAAGGAAACUACUGAGUCAGGUUUCUUUUUUGAUUAGCUCAUAAUAUAAAACCACUGAUCAUAGCAGCUCUUUAAAUAGCGACUGGUUCUUGGAUUGUGCGCGCAUGUUUGCAGACACAGCCUGAAGAGUUCAAGACACAAGAUAAACAAGGGUACUUUUUCGCUAUAAUUUUUUUGUUUUGUUUUCAGGUUAACUUUUUGAAGUUAUGGUUUAUGAGUCUGUAUUUAUAGGAGUGGUCAAAGUGAGCUCCUCCCUGUUUCGCAUCACAGACAAAGCGUAUAGUAUGUCAUGCGUUAAGUGGCCUCCACCCACACAGCGUGCUGGUUGUCUCAUAUUGUAUAUCCGUAGAUUCUGGGUGACCUUUAAUACUAUACUAUGCAUCAGCUGUCAAACAUACAAAUCCCUCUAACGGAGCCCGACCCUUGUUAGCCUGUAUCCCUGCUGUCACUGUUAACUUUUCGUGCUACUGUUACCUGAAGCAGUGACGCGCACUGCUUGUGAGAUUUGCAAUAAGCAGACAUUCUUCUUAUCCUGUGUCCUCUAAAGGGAGAAAACUGUGAACUGUCAUGUGUAUCAAAGCGUAACCAAAACCAACAACACGGAGUUGUAAAAUGACAUUCGAAGGAAUAUUUCCAACACUUGUGACCAUGGCUUUGUUGCCCUUUUCAUCUAAUCCUCCCAUUGCCCUGAUUUGAACCCGUUGACCUGCUGUUGGUGGUGUCUGUGGAAAACAGGAGAAAACUGAUGAUUUGUAUAUUCUGUUUUGCUCUGUUUUAUUUUACCUGGUCAUAUGACACUGGACUGUUGAGAAGGCUCUUGCUUGCAAUGAUUUGCAGCACAUGUACUGUAACCUGCUGGGGGAAAAAAGCCUGUCUUUGCUGUAGGUUUGGACACACUACUGAUGGAAAAGAAACAACUGUAGGCAUCGGGAGAGAAGCUGUGUAACGAGGUGGCGAGUUGGAGGAUGGAGGACCUGUAUUUAUAUAUAAAUAUCAGUACUUCUGUGUAUUAGCCUGUACACUUUGUAGAAACUGACAGGAGCAGAGAUGUGUUUUUAGGUGAGGGACGAGGCAGUAAGUAGAACCCGAAGGACAUCAGUGCAAUAGAAAUGUCACGCGAAUGGGUGCCUUAUGUUAAGAGCCGCGGGAGCAAUUAUCAGUGCGCGCCUGAAAGUGCUCUUAAUCACCACGAGGCAGAUGGAGGAACGACCUCUCCUCUCCACCCAAGGUGAAGAGGAGCUGUCUCGAAAGCGAAUUACUGUCUUGUAAAGAAUAUGACUUUGAAGGCAGCGAGAAAAGGAGUCUCUCUGAAUCUGAAAUGUUGGUCCUCAACGAGAUGACAAAUGUUUUUGGCCCCAUUAACUUUAGAAAACCAGCACAGUAUGGAUCACGGAUGUGAGGUUUUUUUUUUUCCCUCUGUGAAGACCAUCAAACUGCUCUGCUGUAAAGCCUCCACCUCCAAGUCUCCACUGCCUUUUGCUCUACAUCCCCCUAGUGCUUGGUGGUGUGUAUUUGCUGUAUUUGCAUUCAGUCUAAAUGGAAAAAAAAACAUACAUGCAUAAAUAAAUGUCUCAGUAUGAUUCAAACACUGUCUCUGAUUCUGUAAUGAAGGGAGAGGGAUUUCUAUUUGAACUUGAGGAAAUGUUUGGUUUGUUUUUUCCCCCUUCUGUUGCUUGAAUAUUUCCAUACAUUAACAAUUCAGCUUGUGAAAUAAAGGGCUUCUUUUGUAA